AUGUAAAGUAGCACAAAUUAUUCUUAAUUUGAAAAAAAGGAGAAUAUUGUUUGGCCUAUUUUUCAACCAGCUGAGAAUAUUAACAAUCUCCCUUUUUGGAAUAAGAGACCUUAUUUAUCUUUUGAAGAAAAUUAAAUAUUAAUAAAAGGAUAUCUUAAGAGAAUUGGAAAGAACAAAUAAAUACCAAAAGCAUAUAUGUUUAUACUAUUAAAAACAGGUUAACUCUUAUAUGCAGAUAAAAAUUAAAAAGGAAAAAUACAGUUGGAUUUAUCAAUUGUUCUCAAGAAAAUUGAAUUAACAAAUGAAGAAAAUGAAGAUAAGUAAAAGAUUUGUGCAAUAAGAAUAGAAAGAUUUUAGAAUUGCUCAAUUCAUAUUUGGAAUGAAGAUAAUUUGUAUUAUUAUUAAUUAAUUUCUAGUUUAGAAUUAGCAUCAAUGUUUGGUAUAACAGAUUAGCUUAGUUUUGUAUUAGUUAAAAUUUUGAAGGAUUCUUUUAAUUAUAAGAGAAAAUAGAUUAAGGUGCCUUUAGUUCUGUAUUCUCAGUUACUUCUCAAAUUCAACAAGAAGUAGUCAAAAAUUAAAAAUUUGCUGCUAAGGUUUAUUCCAAAAGUUUAUUAUAAAAAAUACCUGCUUAACAAAUGAAGGUAAAAUAAUGAAUAAAUUAGGAUUUUAUUAAUGCAGAAUGUUAAAUACUGAAAAUUGUAAAAUCCUAAUACAUUGUCUAAUUAUUUGAAAUAAUAUAAUUAGAAGAUGUAGUAAUUUUAAUACUUGAAUAUGUUACUGGAGGAACUUUGUAUCAAGUUAUUCAAUAAAAUGUUUUAAAUGAAUUGAUGUCUUUAGAGAUAUGUUAUUAGAUACUGUUAGCAAUAAAAGAAGUUCAUCAGUAUAAUAUAUGAAUAUUGUAAUAGCCAUGGCUUUGUACAUAGAGAUAUUAAAUUAGAGAAUAUAAUGAUUUCAUCUUUAAAUCCAAUAGAAAUAAAACUUAUAGAUUUUGGUUUUGCUGAAAAAAUUAAUCGUAAUAAAUUAGUAAAUGGUUCUGGAACUGCAGGAUAUAUUGCUCCAGAACUAUUUGAAUUAGCACCAUAUACAGAAAGUUGUGAUAUGUUUAGUUUAGGAGUACUUUUCUAUUAGCUUCUAUGUGGAAAUUCCCCUUUUGGUACUUAGAAUAAAGAAAGUAAUUAUAAUUAUAUAUUUCAAAAUAGCACUUUUGGAAUUAAAUAGGACAUGUAAUCUACAAUAUUUAUAAAAGGAAUGGUAGAAUAUUUCUUCUUCUACUUAAAAAAUUGUCUAAAAAAUGUUAGAUAAAGAUCCUAAUAAAAGAAUUACAAUUUUAGAACUUGAACUACUUUUAGAAAUACACAUAAAUAAUUUGCGAUCUAAUUAAGCUAAUUCUCGAUAAGCGCUUAAUCAAUUAUAAAAUUGUAAUAAUGUAAUGAUGUAAAACUAAAAAACUGCAAUAAGAUUAGUUUCGAAUAACAAAAAAUGUGAUGAUGAUGAUAUGAUGAUAGAGGAAAAAAGCAUAGAUAAUACAAACUUAAUCAAUUUAAAAAAUUCCCAAUAAUAUUACAAUAAGUCUAAAUGGGUAUCUUGA